AGCGGAAAGGGGGGCGGCGCGUUAAGAUCCAUCGAUCAGAAAUUUGAAGUCAACCCUUGCAACGGAACUCUUACCUUAGAUCUGCCGUUACAUCUUACGCAAAGCCGGCACAAUUUCCACCCAGAGCUCAAUCUCUCUUACAACUCGGGAGCUGGAAAUGGCCCUUUCGGUAUCGGUUGGAAUCUAUCGUUCAAUAGCAUAACACGCAAAACCACUUUAGAGAUCCCGCGCUACAACGGCUCAGAUACGUUUCUGCUAUCUGGCUUUGAUGACUUGAUUGAAGAUGGUGAGCGGUUCCUGUACUCAGCAUCUCUUGGCAAAUAUGCUGUUCAGAGAUACCGCCCCAGAGUCGAGAGCGGCGACAAAAUGCGCAUUGAAAGGUUCACAAGCACAGAGGACGAGAAUGAUGUGUUUUGGAGAACAAUUUCCGUCAACAAUGUGACAAGCUUCUACGGCCGAGAUAACCAAUCUCGGGUUAUGGAAACAUCUGAGUCUGGUGCCAAUCGAGUAUUUUCGUGGCUGCUUUGCGAAAUCCAUGAUCCUCUUGGUAACGCCAUGCUGUUCUCUUAUAAAUCGGAGAACGAUGAUGGGAUUCGUACGCCCGAUGGCUCCCUUCCUAUCUGGGAGGCCAAGAGAGAGCCAUCCACUCGCACGCGAGCCAGAUAUCUUAAAUCGAUCAAAUAUGGCAAUGCCACCCCAACCAGAGACUUGGAGUCGUGGCAGAUCAUACCAGCUUCUAGCCAGGAGAAAUGGAUAUUUGAGGUGGUUUUCGAUUUUGGAGAGCACGAUCCUGUAAAGCCGACAACUAGUGAAACAAAAGCUUGGGAUGUCCGGAAAGAUUCAUCUUCGAGUUUCUCGGGCGGCUUUGAGAUACGCUCAUACCGCCUUUGCAAGCGCAUACUUUUGUUUCACCAUCUUCCAGGGAAGCUGCCACUUGACGACUAUCUAGUGUUCUCCUAUAACUUUCAAUACGAUGAAGCACCGUCAGGGUCACUCCUUAGCUCGCUCACAUCUACCGGUCAUCUUUGGAAUGAGGAGAAUAAGUCUUACGAUUCACAAAGCUUAGCACCAUACACCUUUGUCUACGAAAAAGUCCCUCCGGUAGAUUCUCUUCCGCUAAAAACCAUGAAAGUGGAAUACCUGCAGACUAUUUUAGUGAACAAACCAAACGCCCAGACUCAUUGGAUCGAUCUCAAUGGCGAAGGUUCGCCAGGAUUCCUGAUCCAAAUUGACGGAGCAUGGUACUACCAGCGAAAUGAGAAUGCCAUCAACAUGGCCACCGAUGACGACGGCGACAGCAGCGAUGCAGAGGAGACCAUGCCUGCUUCGCCGCACGAGUUUGGACCAGUCCAACUUGUUCAGUCAUACCCUUCUGUUAGAGACUACAGUGCCUCGUACUUUGAAGAUCUCGAUGGCAAUGGCCACCAGGACCUUGUACUGUGCGAUGAAACGGGCCGCACUGACGGUUACUACGAGUGCUACUCCAAGGAUGAGUGGGAAAGUUUCAAGCCCUUCCCUUCGCGUCUUAACUUUGACGCUACCGACAGCUCUCUUCGUAGGGUUGACUUGACUGGUAACGGUCGAAGGGAUGUGCUUUGUAGCAUGGACAACGGCAUCGCCUGGUACCAGUCAUUAGGCAAAAAUGGAUUCGACUUCGGAGGAGCCUGUAAGGGUCAAGAUGGCAUCCAGAUGAUGAUAUCACAUGAUGAUAAGAGUGCACUCUUCUUUGUGGACGCUACUGGUGAUGGUUUGGCGGAUGCUCUCAAAAUCUCCAAUGGACACAUUUCCUAUUGCCCAAACUCGGGCUAUGGCCGGUUUGGAACCGAGGUUGUCAUGGGAAAUUCGCCUAUAUUUGACUCCGAGGAUCAAUUCACGUUCCAGAGACUUCAUCUCACGGACAUAGACGGCAGCGGGACUACAGAUCUGGUAUACCUCACUUCAGGAGGAGGGGCCGUUGCCUACUUCAACCUCUGUGGGAAUGCAUGGAGUGAUGGAGUGCCCAUUGAUUGCUUCCCACAAAUAGAUAACCUGUCUUCGGUCUUUUCUCUGGACCUUUUGGGAAACGGAACCUCUUGCCUUUGUUGGGCUGGGCCUGGCAAUACAAUUGCCGAUGAGUUUGUCAUUUCAUAUCUUGACCUUACCAGCGGAGUAAAACCACACCUAUUGAAACAAUGGUCGAAUGGUAUUGGCCUCAAUACUUGUGUCAAAUAUACCCCGUCAACCAAGUUUUAUCUCCAGGAUGAACGUCAGGGCAGACCGUGGAAAUCCAAGCUUCCCUUUCCAAUACAUACGGCCAGCCGCCUCGUGGAGAGAGAUGACAUUGCCUUGUCAGUUCGAACCACAAAGUUUCGUUAUCAUGAUGGUUACUUUGAUGGUCGUGAGAGAGAGUUUAGAGGAUUUGGAAUGGCAGAGAAGUGGGAGUAUGAGGAAUUCACAAUCAAUCGAGAGAGAAAGAAACUCAAAACGCCAACCUGUUACACGAAGGAGUGGUACCACACAGGGGCCCAGGAAAUGGGUCUUGGCCCAUCUAACUCGGACACAUUCGAUCAGAGCCGGUUUCAGUCAAGCAUUCCCCAGGAUUUGCCUCAUGACAAAUACUACGACGCAUACAGAGCCUUGAAAGGACGGCAGCUGCGCUCUGAGGUUUACGGACAGGAUCAAUCUGCUGCCGCCGAUAUACCAUACACUGUCGCUGAAAGUUCGUACGACGUUAUUCUCCUUGGUGACGCCAAGACCUUGGAUCAGCCGGUGACCUUUCGGGUGCAACCACGUGAAUCGCUUGUGGCUCACUACGAGAGGGGACAAGGCUUGCCACGUAUAGAACACGAGCUCACCGUGAAGACCAACCUGUACGGAGAUAUCACCAAGUCCAUGAAAGUCUACUAUGGGAGGCAAAAUAGCCCACCCUCUACGACUGAGACUCAAGCUGCUCAACAGAAUCACCACAUAAUCUAUACUGAAAUUGACUAUACAACGAAGGUUGACAGCGAAGGCGAUGCUGACUGCUAUUACAAGCCUAUGCCCUCUGCAACAACCAUCUCUCAUAUAAAUGACUCCCCAAAGCCCCAGCUAUUUGAUAUCGAGGAAGUUAGAAGCAAAGAACUGGGUGCUGUUGGGGGGACUGUUCAUGCUGGCCAACGAAUGAGAACAUAUUACCGAAGUCAAGAUCUGUCACGUCGGUUGGAAUUUGGCGUCUUUGAGAAUUUUUCCAUUGUCGAUCAGCAAUUCCAACUCGCCAUGGACAAAUCCAUGUGCGAAAGCCUUGUUAAAGACAAGGGCUUUGUUUUCUACCCACAAGAUAUGCUCUUCAGCACUUGUGGAUACGUCGAUAUCUCUAAAGACGGAUGCGCAUGGAUCCCAUCGCCUGAAGUCCUGUGGGAGGCCGGCGAUGGCGACGACGUUCUCAAACACGCUCGCAGGACGUUUUUCACUCCAAAGAAGUCCCGGGAUGCUUUUGGCAACGUCUUUGAGGUCAAGAUGGAUGAUUACAGUACCUUGCCGGUCCAGAGCAUUGACUCGAUGCAGAAUAUUGCAACAGCCGAGAACGACUACCGGGUCAUGCAGCCCACCCUGGUGACGGAUGCCAAUGGGAACCGCACUCAGGUGAUCUAUGACGCCUUGGGUGAGGCAGCAGCCCUGGCUCAUAUGGGCAAAGUCAGCGAGUCUGUGGGUGACUCGCUAGACGAGACACCUCUCAUUGUCUCCGAGAGUGAAAUACGGUCCUUUAUCAGCGAGCCAUCUCGCGCUGCCGCAGCUACACUGAUCGGCAAAGCGGGCAGUCGUACACUCCAUUGCAGAUCGAGGCUCACUCUCCCCUCUUCGGAGAAGAUACUACCAACAUUUCGCCUAGAUUUGGCUCGCACUGAGCAUGCUAUGACAGAUCAGGCUAACCCAGAUGACCUUGGCGAUAUUCUUGUCAGCAUCACCUAUCUUACAGGACGAGGUGCAGAGUCUCAAGAGGUUAGGCUCGUGGAUUGGGACGGUGUGGAUAAUAAAUGGCGUGUUACAGACAACACAGUCCAGGACAUCGAAGGGAGGACGAUACUAAGCCUAGAGCCUUAUUUCUCUUCAACUCAUCUUUGGCAGUCACACAUCGAACUGGAGUGCCCUUUCCAGCUUUCUUUUCUAGAUGCAUUACAUCGAAGUGUCGGCACUCUCCAUCCGGAUCACACUUGGACUAAACAAUGCCUCAGCCCCUGGACAAGUACGUCGUAUGAUACAGGCGAUACCAUCCUCGUGGCGGAUCCCAGAUUAGACCAAGAUGUCGGCUAUUAUUUCGCCGCUUUGGACCCGAAUUUGUUUUUGCCAACUUGGUAUGACCUACGAUCCCACGCAGGAGACAAACCAUCACAGGAUGCUGCUGCUAAAUCGGCCGAAUACGCGAAUAAACCUCGUACUACUCAUUUUGACAGCCGCGGUAAGGCCAUCGAGAUGGUAGAGCAAGGUGAAAGUCACCAACGUUCAGUUCGCUCAGAAUACGACGUCCACAGCAUGGACUCAGGAGUGCGGGCAGUAGUGCUUGAUAGUGCUGGCAAGCUUGUAUUGGAGAAAGACGGUGCUGAUAGACAACAACGCCUGGUAUAUGAUGCACUUCAAAGGAAGACGCAAACACGAGUGCUGGACCCAAAAACACAGAGCGAGGUGCUGUGGAGCGAGAUAUCAUACGGUGACCAGCAGGCAGAUGCUGCGUCGAAAAAUCUCCGUCUGCAGGUGUUUCAGGUCUCUGAUCAGGCUGGAUUGCAUAGAAACGCUAUCUAUGAUUUCAAGGGCAAUUGCUUGUCCACCGACACGUAUCUUGCGCUAGAGUAUCGAACUACGUUGGAUUGGCAAGGAAAAGUCGAAAUACAAGAGAAGCCUCACACAUCGACAUCUAUUUUCGACGCCUUGAACCGUGCCAAAAUAACGAUCGACGCAGUUGGACGAGUUUCUAAGCGCACGUUCGAUCUUACCGGUGGCCUCAAGGCCCUGCACUCUUCAACUUCUGAAGCCGCCGCAGCUUUAACGAAAGCCGAUGCUUCCUGGUUAUGUCAUGUGUCUAAUGCCGUGUAUGCUGCUGAUGGUCAACCCCUUCAGGUAGACUAUGGAAACACUUCCCAUUGUGCCUACACAUACGACGAGAAUACACGCCAGCUGACGCGGAGGCGGACCUGGAGAGAUGAUGGCACCGUGCUAGAAGAUCUGACCAUGGUGUAUGAAUGUCUAGGUCGAGUCUCGAGCAUUGAAGACGCUGCUCAGCAGACAGAAUUCUUCCGAAACAAACAAGUCGUUCCGGUGAAAAAUUAUCAUUACGACGCUUUUGGGCGACUGGUAAGCGCAACGGGCCGUGAAACAGUUGAGGCCGGGGCCAACAUAUCCCGCAGCUUGCGGCAGGUCUUAUCUCCCAAAUACCAAGCGUUGCCCUUUGAGCAGUCCACCGAGGUUUGCAACUAUGUCGAAACAUACAUCUACGACGACGAAGACAACAUCCUUUCCGUAGAUCAUCAGUCAUUAGACGCAUCUAUUAGCGGUUGGACGAGAAUCUAUCACUACAACGAACCAAGCCUGCUAGAGCCGACCAAAAGUAACAAUCGGCUUAGCAAUACCCAGAUUGCUGGCCUGACGGAGCAGUACAGCUAUGAUGGCGACGCUGGAAAGAAUGGAUGCAUGACGUCCAUGCCGGGAUUUUCUCGAUUGGGAUGGGACCGUAACAACAAGCUCCAAUACGUCGCACGGCAGAAGGUCAAUGACGGCGUCCCAGAGACGACUUGGUACGUCUAUGGUGAGGGCGGACGAAGAGUACGCAAGGUAACGGACGCUGUGAGUGCCGAGGGCUCCGAGCCGCGAAAGCUAAAGGAAACCAUCUUUCUCGACUCUCUUGAGAUUUACCACACGUAUCAAGGUGAUGGCCUGACGGUUAAAUCAACCACAAAUACCUCCUUAAUCAGCCCGACGGAAACUCAGGAGGGACCAGCUGUGGUCAGCAUCGAAGACCCGAUCCUGGUUGCAGACAAAUCAAAGGCGGCAGCCACCCCGUUGUUUCGCUACCAUGUAAGCACCAGCUUGGAGACUGAUGAAAAGGCCCAAAUCAUCUCGUACGAAGAGUACAGCCCAUUCGGCGUGUCGGUGCUGCAGGCCUGCAAAUCUGACAUCGAGGCACCACGGAGAUAUCGCUUCGCUGGGUAUCGGCGUGAUAAUGAGAGUGGCUUCUACACCUGUGGCGCCAGAUACUACGCGCCUUGGCUCGGACGCUGGACAUCAUCUGACCCAUUGGGUACCAUUGACGGAUACAACGUGUAUGCGUAUGUGCGAAAUGACCCCGUCAACUGGGUAGAUCCUGAUGGUACCACUGGCAAA